AUGGCGGGCACCGCUAGCCAGGCGAGCCUCCUGCUCCAGAAGCAGCUCAAGGAUCUUGCGAAGAACCCCGUGGAUGGGUUCUCGGCGGGGCUUGUAGACGAUAGCAGCGUCUUCGAGUGGCAGGUCACCAUCAUCGGCCCGCCUGACACCCUAUAUGAUGGAGGCUACUUCAAUGCAAUAAUGACCUUCCCCCAGAACUAUCCCAACAGCCCGCCAUCAGUAAGAUUUACUUCUGAGAUGUGGCAUCCGAAUGUUUAUCCUGAUGGACGUGUUUGCAUUUCAAUUCUUCAUCCACCUGGCGAAGAUCCCAAUGGUUAUGAGCUUGCAAGCGAACGGUGGACACCAGUGCACACGGUUGAAAGUAUAGUUCUGAGCAUCAUUUCAAUGCUCUCUAGUCCGAACGACGAGUCUCCAGCGAAUAUUGAAGCUGCUAUACCAUUGGUUUCAGAAGUUGUACAUGAAUUUGUCUUGCAGAAGGAUUGGAGAGAAAAGCGGGAUGAGUUCAAGAAAAAGUUCAGUGUCAUUCCUUCCUAUGGUGGUGUUGGGUCUCUUUAG